AGGUUUUGCCGCUCAACUUCAAAUGAUGCGUUGAAUUUUAUUUUUAUUAUUUCUCAUUCCUCAAGUGUAAGGUGAUUCAAGUUUAAGUUCGUUUCAACAAGUUACGGUUAAUUUGGAGUCUCACAAUCAGGAGUCAGAUUAUUUUCCGGUGAUUGAUACGAGUAUAUUCGUUUAUGGAAUCUAAAUUGUUAGGAGUUUUCUCUGUCUGUCCAAAAUAAUGCAAUGCCUACCUCAAGGUUCGCUUCCUUUCAUGAAUAUCAAGAAGCUUAGUUCAUGUGGUUUUCUGAGGUUGCUCUAAUCAUCCGAUGCCCACCAUGUCAGGAGUCAAGGAGAUGGAUUUUCGAAAGGGAGACAGCUCCAAAAUCAGCCACUUUUUCCAACAGGCCCAACAUUUCGGUGAUUUGGAUUUGGAUGAAGAACACCGUCUCAUAGAUGAGUUGAGAUGUUUCUACGAUAAGAUUUCAUUCAAAGACUUUGUCGACAAAUUUAUUGAGUGCCUGAAAGCAAGCCUAAUUCAUCCCGAGGACGUACCUAGUGUCGAGGCAAUUCUUAAUUUUGCUGCUCAGUUUGUUGCCGUCAUCAACAGCUCUGGAGUUGAUGAUGAUGAAACUUGUCCCUUUUUGAAAGAAAUCCUGGAGUUUGUUUGUGCAAAUCAUGGAUGUGAUAAUCACCUUGUUCGAAGUCGAAUUUGCUUAUUUGUGGAUAAAUUACUGUGCAAACUUGGUAAUGAAGUGGUCAUUGAUGAAAAGUUGUAUAACAAACUCGUCGAAAGUAUGCUUGAACGAAUGAAGGACAAAAUGCCAGGUAUCCGAGUCAGGGCCAUCUCUGCUGUUUACAGGUUGCAGGAUCCCUUUGAUGCCAAUUGCCCAGUUGUCAAAGCUUUGUCAUUUCAUCUGUCCAUGGACCCAAGCGUUGAAGCUCGGAGAGCUAUUCUUAGAAAAUUAGCAGUAGCAGCUCAUACCCUUCCAACAAUUGUAGAACGUAUUUAUGAUGUCAAAGACUUUGUGAGGAAAGAUGCUUUCCUUGUUUUAAGCAAGUGCUCCAUGUCUAGAUUCACUAUCAAACAGCGACAAAUGUUACUGUACAGCGGAUUGAAAGACAGAGAUGAGCGUGUAAGCAAAUGUGUAGAAAAAGUCCUGCUUCCAUUGUGGUUUGAUCAUGCCAAGAAUAAUUUUGUUACCAUGCUGAAAUUUUUAGAUGUUGAAACAAGCACUGAAACUUCGUUUCUUGUCCUCCAAAUUUUAUUUAAGAGCACCUCAACAAAUACAAUCAUGGAGCAAGUGAAACUCAAUUUGGAUGAAGAUAAAUUAAUUCCCCUAGAUAAGCUUUCUCCAGAAAAUGCCUUCUUCUGGCGCUGUGCUGUACAUUUUUUCCAUAAUCUUGAUGAUGAAGCUCUAGAAGUAGACAAAGACACGAUGUUGCAAUCUGUGUUACCAGAAUUGACGCCACUAACUAACUAUAUCAGAACGUAUUUUUUGAGAGAUUCUGAAGAUGAAAAAAAAUUAGAGUUCUGGGAGCAUAAACAGCGGCUAUUCAUCUUAUUGCAGUUGUUGCAGCUCUGUAAUGUGUAUGAUCUAUCAGAUGAGCUUGGGAGGUGUCAACUAAAGCAACUGUGCACAGACUUACUUCUGAGCCCUCAAGUGAAGAAAGAUGCUGUCCCUGUGAUCGUGGAUGUUUUCAGUCGGAUUCUACCAAAUAUUGAUCAUUUUCUUGAUUCCCUCGUGGAGAUUAUUAUGGACUUGAAAGAGCCCUUCAAAGAAGAUGAAAACACAGAUGUAUCAGAAGAAGAAACAGAUGAAGAAAAGAAAGAGAAUAAUGAGAUAGUCAAAAUCAGCCCGGAGGUGUUAGCAAAAUGCCUGACCAUCAUUGUUGAAUUUUUACAAAACAAGAAUGUUACAGUUUUUAAUCCAUGUUUGAGAAGUUUGGUAACGACAUUCGUCUGUCCCGCUCUCGAAGCUCAAGACACCACUUCAAGAGUUUUAGCUCUCCAUGCACUCAGUAACAGUUGUCUUCUAGAUGUAGAUCUUGCAAAGCAGUACUUCCUUUUGUUCUGUUUCCAGGUGCCGAAUGAUGAUAUGUGCUUGGUUGCUCUGAAAGGAAUUUUCGAUCUUCUCUUAUUCUAUGGUUUAGGCACUUUUAAUAUGAGAGAUCAGAUUGAUGAUCCAGAGGAGAAAAAGAAAGACGAUGAACCAGAGAGGAAAAAGAGGAAAUUGAAAGGUGCAAUGGUAGAAGAAAACAGCUUUGUAUCCAAUAGUGGUGAGGCUAAUAUUAGUUCAAUGGACACCACCAGUGACGGCUCUGAUCAAAGUGCAAAUUUAGUUACCUUGCUAAUGUCUCUUUUGGACAGUUCCUCCACCGAAAUCCGGAAUGUGACCGUUGAAGGACUGUGUAAACUGAUCAUCGGUGGUCGUAUUACCUCUGUAAAUCUUUUGUCCAAAUUGAUGAUAAUGUGGUUCAGCCCUAUUUCUGAAGAGGAUUACAUGCUUCGUCAACAGCUGGGAACGUUUUUCAAUGUUUAUGCAUCAUCUUUUGCGGGAUCCCAUUAUAUGUUUCAACAAGCAUUUUUGCCAACUUUGAAGACGCUGUACGAUGCUCCAAUGGACAGUCCUUUACAUGAAAUUGAUCCUGAUGAUGUAGCCAAGUUAUUGAUUAAUCUAAUACUUGUCAGAAUGAACAAGGAAAAGGGACCCAAUCCGCAUAAUAGCCUUGCCAUAGCCAUUUGCAAGGAAAUUCUCAACACUUAUGGUGCAAAUCUUGGGAAUGUCCCUGUGCUUGUAAGAUCUCUGUUACCCCUUCAGUUGUCCUAUGAUGAACCGGAGUUUCGGGAGAAUUUUGAGCAUUUGUGCCGUCAAGUUUUCGAGCUUCUGGAAGAUGCGAACAAUAAAAUACUAGCAAAGUACAUGCAGAAAGUCAUUUACAGAAUUGAAGCGGCGGAAGUGAAGGAUGGCACGCAGCAGUCUAAUAUUAUGAACACAGAACUGCCGUCUGAAACAACUGCCAGCAAUAUGAACACUGCCAAAGAUUCACCUAACGCUACUGAAUCAAAUACAAACAUGGAUGCGGUCUGCUCAGAAGGUGAUGAAACGCAGGACAGCGGUGCAAAAAUGACUGUGAAAAAAGGUGGUCUCAAGAAGACUCCAGCUAAAAGCCCCGUUCAUUUAUCAGAUGCCGAAAACAUAGACUCCAGUGGCAUUGAAGACUUUGAUUCGCAGGCAUUUGAACAAGAUGAUGAUACUAAUUUUGAUGGCGAUAAUUCUAGUGCAGAAAGGCAGAAGUCAGAAAAUAAGAAAGGCUCAGUAGCCGCAAUUGCAGCCUCAGAGCAAGAAGAAUAUUCUCUGACGAGAAGAAACUUAAGAAGAAAAAGAGAAAUUGAGGAGUUGAAAGUUCAAAAAAUAGCAAAUACCAGAGUUGCCAUGAAAUCUCCUGAUAGACCAAGGAUUGACAAAGAGGAAUUAUCUGGUAAAUUGUGCCCAAAAAGCCCUGAAAUGGGGAAAAGUGCUCGUAAGAAAAAAAAUGUUUCUCCAACUCCCAAUAAAAAUAGUAGAGCACAGCAAUCAAAUUCAAAAAAAUCAAUCCAAGAAGAGGAGAAUAGCACAGCAACAUCUGAUAGCGACGAAGGAGAUGAUGAAGAUUCAGAUGAAGUCUCCCCUGCCAGGAAAAGAAUGAAUAAAAGUUAUUUGAAAUCCAAUAAAAGAUCAGGUAAAGCUGAAGUAGCAGUGAAGAGCACUAGAAGAAGAGUCACAGGACCAUCUUCAGAGGAAACGCCAAGCAAAAAAGCUCGCCAUAGUACUAAAAAAGGUACCUCUGAUGAAGAUUCAAAAGAGCAGAAAAAUGAAAAUGUUGGAACCAGUAGCAUAAAAUCUGGGCUAAGAAGAAAAUUGGUCCUCCAUUCCAAACCAGAUAACAAACAAACAGUAAGUGAAUCGAAUAAAGCCACCCCAAGGAAAUUAAUUGAAGUGGAAAAUAUCGGUAAGAAAGGCAAAGAGGGUAACAAAAGAAAAGUGGAGGGCACAUUUAUAGAAAAUUCUCCCAAUUUGAAAAGACAACCAGACAGGAAACACAAAGAAUCACUUGAAAGUUCCUCUCGAAGCACCAGAUCCUCUCGCCCUGUUCCAAAUUUACCAUCUUCCCCAUCCAGAAAUCAAGGGAGACAAGCAGAAAGAAGUCCCAUGAAACCAACCCUUCCUGAACAACAUAGUAAAAAACAAGAAGAGCCAACAGAUCCAAAAUACAAAAAAAGUGAGGAGCCACAGUCUCCAAAACAGUUGGAAUCCAAAAAGAGUUUGAGACGACUAGAAAUUUUAGAAGAAAUCAGUCGUAAGUCUCCUCGAGCUCACACACCUUCCAAAAAUACUCCCAGCAAAAAUGAGAAUCGCCCUGAUAAAUCAUCCCUUAAAACGAAAGUAUCAUGUGCUUCGAGCCCUCAACAGUCACCCUCCAAGGUGAAAGUAUCUAAGAAUCCAAGCCCCCAACAAUCACCCGCCAAGAUGGAAGUAUCUAAGGAUACAAUCCCUCAACAGUCGCCCUCCAAGAGUACCAAUUUUACAAAAGAACAAUCUUUAAGACGCACAUCGGUUGGGUUAGCAGGUGUUUCACCUUCCAAACAAAAAAUUGAGACAGUUGGGACCCCAGAAUUGAAGAAAUCAACUUCAAAAUCGAUUGAUGUCUCUAAAGAUCACUCAGAUAGUGUGAAAUCUAAAGGUAAGACUCCUCGAAAGUCACUGAGGAUAGCAUUACACAGAAUUGAUACUCCAGUUCUGCGGCACAACAGGAAAUCUUCCAACAGGCGCAGUCGGUCUAUUCCAUUUACUCCAGAUCAGAAAAGGGUCCAAGCUAGAAGUCGAUCUUCUGUAGAAAAUUCUCCAAGGCCAAGAGGCACUCCUAGCAACAGUGAAAAGCUUCAAAAUGCUGAUUUGUCUUUGAGUUCAGUAGCAACACCUAAAGUAACUCCCUUUUCGCAUAAGAAGGAGAAGACACCUCAAGAAAGAAUGUCUUUUACUGAAAACUUUGAGUCAAAGGUGAAAAGAUUAUCAUCAAACUCUUCAUCAGCUGAAUAUAUUGAAAAGAAAAACACUUCAAAAAUCAGUAGUCCGGUCACUGCAGCUGAAUUAGAGCCCAGACAGAGCAGGAGCUCUAGGAAAAAAAAUAUAACUUCACUUAAAAGCCCAGUAAGUGGAAGUAUUGGCUCAAGACAAAGGUCAAAUCAAAGGAAUUCUGAAUUGAAAGCACGGGGUUCAGCAAGGAUCUCGUCUCCAGAAAAGAAGUCCGAAGAACUAACUCCAAGUCCAGAAAAAAAAGUUAAAACUCCUGCAGAUAGCCCAAACACUAAGAAUGACAGUACUAGGAAAAGUAAGUCUCCUGUUAAAAUAGCAUCUCCUCCUCUUAAAAAUGUUGUUUCUAGUCCAGAGGGAAAUUCCAAGAGAAGAAGCUUUGUUUCGCCUGAUGAACGUUCACCUAGUUUAAGAGUCAACCGUUUGGUCGAUGGCAGAAACAGAAUCGAACGUAAAAAUGGCUCUCCUUCUGAAUUGAAAACUGAUUUUAGUGAAAGACGUUCGGCCAGGAAAAAAAUAUCAAGUCCUGUAAAAAAUCCAUCUCCUAGAAUGAAAAAUGCAUCUGGAAAGAGUUCUCCAGGACUUGCUCCUAUGAGAAGUCCUAUAUCAGGAAAGAAAAAAGAUGAACUAGAAAGUGAUUCUAUGAAAGAAAAGAAACCAACAGCAAAUAGUCCGUCUUCGCCAGUGAAAGAGGAAAAGAGACUGACUCCAGGUUCUGAGAAGAGCCCUCCCCGCACCCUAAGAAAAACUGUAAAGCAAAGUGUACCCGGUAACAUUAGAAGGAGUCAGUCCGUGUUGAGAAAAUCAAUUCGUGGCUCAAGUCAGCCCGUGAAGAAAACUUUUUCAUUGCCCAAGAAAAGUUUAGCGUCAUCUAAAAAAAUUAUAGCACAACGAAGACAGUCUCUGAAUAAGUCAACUUCUUCUGGGAAAAAGAGCCUGUCAGCUAAAUAUACACCAAACAGCAGUAGGACAAGUACUUCUAGGAACAGUCCAUCCUCCAAUCAAGUAAAAUCAGCCACCAAAAAGAACUCGCCUUCUCCGAAAAUAGUUUCGCCAUCUCCUCAAAAGAGUUCAGCGAAAAAGAGUCAGAACAAAAGAUCCAUGAAAAGCUCAAUACCUGUAAGGAAACUCAACACAAAAUCAAAUCAAUCCGGAAAGAAAGGCUCAACUACAUCAUCUACAACCACAAAAGUUGUCACAAAACCCAAUUUUUUCGCAGGCAAGACAAUGUCAGUUCUAGCCAGAAACAAGCUAGCAGGAAGAAAAUUAGUCUCAAGUCGAUCUCUCACCAUGAGGAAGAGGGCAUCUAUUGAGCAGCCUGCGGCUGCCAAAAGAAGCACUACAGAAAAAGCUAUAUCAGACCAGAGAAAAUUAUCAACUCAAAAAAGUGGUACAGCCUCAUCUACAAGUAAAAAGACCACCAAAGAAAGAAGUCGUUCCUCUGAUAAGCAAGUUUUAAGUGGAUCUAAAGCUGCCAUCGAAACCAGGAGCCGGCAUUCAAGCUCAGUUCGCGUCAGGAAAACGCCUUCAAAACUAACCUAUUGAAAGACCAAAACCCUGGUGGCUUGUUUUUAAGUUAUGUCUAAAAGUUCUAAAAAUUGUAUUGGUAAAUAUAGAAGAGUAAAUGGUUAAUUUUUUGAGUUUCCUCCUCACAUUGUGUUGUGUCACGUGAGGAAGAAGAUCAAGAAUGGGACAGGGGGAUAAAUUGAUGAAGCUAAGAUGAUAAUACUACAGGUAGGGGUCAGAAGUUGCAUAUGCGGCAGUCCCUAUGUACAAGUUUGUGGGGUGUUGAAGUUUUAAUUACAAGACAUUUUUUAACACUCAACAGGUCCGUCCUGAUCAUUAAAAAUCAAAAAGCAGGAGCGAAGAAAAUCAUGAUAAAAAUAUGUUUGAAAGCAAACUAUUCCAAUGCUGUUUUUGCACUCUGAGCUUGUUUUCCUGGGGGGGGGGGGGUGACGUUGAUCUGUUGAUCCCCUCUUUAAUUAGUUUUCUCACAACUUUCAAAGUCAUAGUUCAGCUUUGAACUUGGGAGUUUCACGCAAAUUAUUGUCUUCUUCCUAAUUUUCAUAUCAUUGUACUUAUUGUUAAUUUUUUAUAAUUAUUCAAGACUGUAUCUAUUAUUUAAGGAACCAAGAUGAAGCAGUUUUAAUUUUUGUGCCCUUUUAGGGCUUUUGUAAAAAUUUACUAUCCCUAGUCCUCUCAACAUUUUUUUAUACUAGAAUCCCCGUACCGGGUUCAAUGGAUCCACGUUUUUCACUAACUUGAUUUUGUACAUAACUGCCUUUUCAUCUUAUGUUCUCUGUCAUCAGCAAUGCAGUACACUUUCUCCUCAUAGAAUUUUACCAUGAAGAAUAUUGAAGCAUUUUUGGACCGCGUUCAGCAGAAGGGAACCAAGCCACAUCAGCCAUUCCCAAAUUUAAUCAGGCAAUUUAAUUUUUUACAAGAGAACGUUUGUGCGGAUUCAUUUGAAAAUUUUAAGGAGUUUACUUCGCACUAUGCAGAUUAUUCACUAAAAUUUGCACAAAAAUUCACACAACCAAUUUCAUUUAAUAGAAUUAAUGUGCCCAAUUAAAUUUGGCAGUAGCUAAUGUGGUAUGGUUCCUUUCUGCUUAAAAAGGUCCAUUUUUUCCCAUGCUGAAGCAUGCUUUGCAAUUAUCGCAUGCUUCAGGUGCAAUAAGGGUUGCAUGCUCUGUUCUGGCAGGAGACUUUUCAUAUUACAUCAGGUUGUAAUUUGAAUUCAUGAAAGAAGGAGAAUGUGUAAUCCAUCAAGACCUUUUUAGUACAAAACUACAGUGAAACUCUCAAACCACGUACGCCGUCUGCGAAGUUCUAAAAUUUCUGCCCUCAUUUUACUUUUUUGAAAAAUAAAUCAAUAUCAUUCCUUGAAGUUUUCACAGAAUCUUCUUUGCAUAGAGAAGAAAAAUCAUGAAAGUUUCAGUGAAUUGACAUUGAACAGUUUUCCAUUAAAAAAAUGAAGUGUGUCAGGAAGUUAGCAAUGUUGCAAACUGAGAUAUGUGGUUUGGGAGUUUCACUGUCGAUUUCUUUUAUUAAAAAAAAUCCUAUGCAAAUAGCUCCCCAUCAGGGCAUUCCAGGAGUGGUUUUGAAUUUUUUAUUCUUGUGACCUCUAAUUUAAUUUAUUUACUUUUUUUACUAAAACGUGAUCCAGGAUCACAGGAUGUUUUUGUAGAGCUGUCUGUGAAGCUAAAAAAGCAUGACAUUAAGCAGAGUUGAAUCUCUAUCUAGGUCCAUUGGAUCCAUGUUGGGUGGGCUAGAUUUAUCCAAGUUAUAGAGUAGCCUUUUUUUAAUUUUCAAUGAAACCAAACUUAAGUAUGUAGAUACCCAGAGUACAUGAAUAAAUCCUUUCACAACCAAAA